UCCGGGUUGAGAGGCUGCGCUGGACCGAAGCGGUGGCCGCGGAGCCGGCGUGGGUAAGGGGCCGCGCCAGGCCGGGAUCUGUGGCGGGGAUCAGGCAGCCGAGCGCGCCAGCACCCUCCUCCUCUGCCCGGCACGGCCGCGGUACAACUCGCUCUGGCCUCCUCCUCCCCCAGAAUUUCCCAUCUUCAGCUUUCCCCCCUCCCCCAACUGCCCCCGCCGGGAGAUUGCAAACCCCCUAUGUCCUCCGCCCCCUUCCUGGGUCUCCUUUUCCCAGCACCCAUCCCUGCGGACUGUCCUGUUCUCUGAAGCCUUCUCGCCAGGAGCAUCUACCCUCAGACACCUUCGGCCUGUCCCCUCCGGCACCCAUCGCUCUGGGGCACCCACUACCACGAGACCGCCCUCCCGGGCUCGCAUCUCGGGGGGUCUCCACCCCGCGCCCCGUCCUCGUAUCCUCUCCUCCCCGGGCUGUAUCCCACUCCCUCUCUGGUAGCUGCAGCCCGUGUCGCCACGGGCCCGGCCCCCGCUCGGCUCCCCGGGUGCCGCCCCCGGCCGCGCCGCGCUCGGCUCGCCGCUCCCCGGCCUCUCGGGUCCCCCAACCCGCCGCCCCCGGCGCCAUGGCCUGCAGCCUCAAGGACGAGCUGCUGUGCUCCAUCUGCCUGAGCAUCUACCAGGACCCGGUGAGCCUGGGCUGCGAGCACUACUUCUGCCGCCGCUGCAUCACGGAGCACUGGGUGCGGCAGGAGGCUCAGGGCGCUCGCGACUGCCCCGAGUGCCGGCGCACGUUCGCGGAGCCCGCGCUCGCGCCCAGCCUGAAGCUGGCCAACAUCGUGGAGCGCUACAGCGCCUUCCCGCUGGACGCCAUCCUCAGCGCGCGCCGCGCCGCGCGGCCCUGCCAGGCGCACGACAAGGUCAAGCUCUUCUGCCUCACCGACCGCGCGCUGCUCUGCUUCUUCUGCGACGAGCCCGCGCUGCACGAGCAGCACCAGGUUACCGGCAUAGACGAUGCCUUCGAGGAGCUGCAGAGGGAACUGAAGGAGCAGCUUCAGGCCCUACAGGACAGCGAACGGGAGCACACCGAGGCACUGCAGCUGCUCAAGCGCCAGCUGGCUGAGACCAAGUCUUCCACUAAGAGCCUGCGGACCACCAUUGGUGAGGCCUUCGAGCGCCUGCACCGGCUGUUGCGAGAGCGGCAGAAGGCCAUGCUGGAGGAACUGGAGGCUGACACAGCCCGCACGCUGACUGACAUUGAGCAGAAGGUCCAGCGAUACAGCCAGCAGCUACGGAAGGUGCAGGAGGGCGCCCAGAUUCUGCAGGAGCGGCUGGCUGAAACGGACCGGCACACCUUUCUGGCAGGCGUGGCCUCCCUGUCUGAGCGACUCAAAGGGAAAAUCCAUGAGACCAACCUGACAUACGAAGACUUCCCGACCUCUAAAUACACAGGCCCGCUGCAGUACACCAUCUGGAAGUCUCUGUUCCAGGACAUCCACCCAGUGCCUGCUGCCCUGACCCUGGAUCCAGGCACUGCCCACCAGCGCCUGAUCCUGUCUGAUGACUGCACCAUCGUGGCUUAUGGGAACCUACACCCACAGCCGCUGCAGGACUCACCAAAGCGCUUCGACGUGGAGGUAUCGGUGCUUGGUUCUGAAGCCUUCAGUAGUGGUGUUCACUACUGGGAGGUGGUGGUGGCGGAGAAGACCCAAUGGGUGAUCGGGCUGGCACACGAGGCUGCCAGCCGCAAGGGCAGCAUCCAGAUCCAGCCAAGCCGUGGCUUCUACUGUAUCGUCAUGCAUGACGGCAACCAGUACAGCGCCUGCACGGAGCCCUGGACACGGCUCAAUGUCCGGGACAAGCUUGACAAGGUGGGUGUCUUCCUGGACUAUGACCAGGGCCUGCUCAUCUUCUACAAUGCCGAUGACAUGUCCUGGCUCUACACCUUCCGUGAGAAGUUCCCCGGGAAGCUCUGCUCCUACUUCAGCCCCGGCCAGAGCCACGCCAAUGGCAAGAAUGUCCAGCCAUUGCGGAUCAACACUGUACGCAUCUAGUCCAGGCUCAGGAGGAGGGCCACAGCCUCAUGAGGCCACUACCACCAGCAAGCACCCUUCCUAGCAGAUGUGAGGCCUGGACUCGAGCCACCACGGCCACUCUGAGACCUCAAGCUGGUAAUUCAUCCUCCAGCUGCCUUGUCCUGUCCUGUGACAUGGAGAUUGUGUUCCAUGAUUCUUAAAUUCUCUCAGCAAUGAUGUUUUGUUGUCCUGACCUUGGCAUGGCCUCUCAGGGCAGCCUCUGCCCACCCUCAUCCCCAUCCCCUCAAGGCCUGGGGACUCCUUCCCUCUACCUCCCUUCUGUUGAGCUGCCCUUGGCCUUGGGAUGUUUAUUGGAAGUGGCCAAUAGUUGGCAGCCUAAAAGACAUAUAAAAUCCUCUCAUGCUCAUGGCCUAAAACAUGACCCUGACUAAGUCUUGACCUCAGACCACAGUGGACAUGGGCAGUAGCUGGCCCUAGGGUUGCUUAAGAACCACCUUCUACCUACCUUGUACGAAGAGCUUGUGGUUUCUCCUUUUCAUGGUCUGCAAGUCAGAGAUGACAGUGCUGUCUCUGGAAGGCACCCAGUAGUUGAGCCCACAUAUUAAGUUAUUGUGUCACUUUCCUGUCCACUGCCUAAAGGCAGAGAAGGGCUCCCCAGAGGCUGAAGUAGAGCCCAUUAACUAAAGACACCUGAAGGACAUGCCAUCACUGAUUGGUCACUGUCCCCAGAAGCUCUGGACCAGCCAGGCCUCGGUGACCUGCUAGGAUGCAGAGAGGCCACUAGGAGCGGUUGUUGGAGGAUCUGAGGAACCGUUUUCAGCCUUGGCAUCUCUCUUGCUUAGAAUCCUGCUGCAAAAACAAGAGCCACUUUAGCUGGCUUAAUUAGACAAGGAUUUCUAUCAGCCCCCUGGUGGCUUGCAAAAUUAUUCAACAGGCUGAAUGAGCAGUCCUUACUGAAGUGAAUGUCCAGAACAAUCCCCAGCUGCCAGAUUUACCAUGUCUAUCAUGACCAGGAAAGCUGCCCCCAUUUGUGGAAAGCCCCUGACCGGAGACAUUUGCUCCUACUGCCACUGUCCGCACCAGCAAGUGGUUGUUCUGAGGCCUGCCUGCCUUUCUCCACUUAUCUCAGGUCCCAAACACCUAUCUGCAGGGGAUUCUGUUGAUGAAAAUUUCCAUCAGAACACCACUGUGCGCUGCAAAGGAUUCUGGGAAAUGUAGUUUUCUUUCCAACCUCAGCCAUACUAAAACAUGUAGCCGUUGAACCAAGUCCAUCUGUACCUUUUGUCACAGCAUCCAGUCAUGAAGAACAGGAUCCACCUGUGGCCUUGGCUUUGAAGCAGCACAUCCUGGAGAUGUACUGCUGUAACUGGAGAUACCUGAAGGACAUGUAUCACAGAAUGAUCAAAGUCCUCGGCAGCUUCUAGACAAGGACUAUCAUCAGCCAGGCAUUGGGGAUGUUCUAGGAUGCAGACAGGCUGGCAACUAUAGGUGGAAAGCCAAAAGUGAGCCUGCAAGAUCAAGCCAAAAUGUCUCACCCUUGGCCUAAUCCUGGGGCUUCAGUUCUGUGCUUGGGUGCCUGAACAAACCCAUCUGAAAAGAGCCAGAAUAGCUGAACUUGACUCUCACUACUGCCGCACACUGGGGCCUUCUAUGAGCAAGAGGGCCCCAUCCCACCCCCUCAACUCCCAGAAACUGGGCCACCUCCAGCAGUAUUUUUAUUUAUACAUUGCCCAUUUUGUGAGUUAUGGUCAAUUUUUAUUAAAGUUAUAGGAUGCCA